AAAACAACUCAAAAGGUGUAAUUCUUCUUUCCAAUGGGUGCCAGGCUAACAUGGAUUCUUCUCAUAAAUCAUAAUUAUAGAGUAUGCAACCAACAAGCCGAAGAGGUCUUUCAAAUCCCAUUUAGUUUUGAUUCUUAAUAUCAUUAACUCUUCUGAUCAUUCUCCUCCCCUUCGCCGCCCUCUUUAAAUCAAUACCCACCACCGUCCACGGCGGCUCACGACGGCCAUAUCUCAAUUGAGGCGAUUUUUCGUUUAUUUGGGUUUCUCAAUCAUCGCACCCCCAUCAUUGUUUUUGUUGUAGAAACCAGAAAUUCUGGCUUGCUUCUCAAGAAACACCUUAUUUGAUUCAUGGGUUUUGCUUCUUCUCAGUGAUGGAGCUAAGGAAAAACUGGUACGAUUCUAACUUCUGGGUGGUGUUUUUUUGCUUAUUGAUGUUGAUUUCGUGCUCUGUUUCGUAUGAAGAUGCCGAUUCUUUUAGUGGGUUUGUUCAUAAAUAUGCCAAUAACUCUGAAUCAAAGCCUAGAACAGGGGUUUUAUAUAACAUCUCUCUGCCUUCAAAUUUUUCUGGGAUUCAAGUUUCUUAUAUUAGAUUAAGGAGUCGCAGUUUUUGGGUUAGAGGAGCAAACUUGAGAUGGGUUUCUUUUCCUCCAAGAAUCACUUCAAUCCCUCGUGUAAAGAGAAUAGCUAUAAUCUUUGAGAAUUUGGGAAAUUGGUCAUCAAAUUUCUAUAAACUGCCUGGUUAUACUCUUGUUGCUCCUGUAAUUGGGUUCACUGUUUAUGAUUCUUCUUCAAAUUCAAGCACAUUUAGCAGUCAAAAGCUCCAUCUACGCAUAACAGGAAGAAACCCCAUUUUGGUGAUGUUUCCUAAACUAAAAUUGGGAGAAAAUGGUGAGAUUAAGCCACAAUGUGUGAGGUUUGGAGCUGGUGAGGCUUUUGAAUUGAAGAACAUGACAGGGCCAAGCUUGUGUUCUGCUACUGAUUAUGGCUAUUUUUCUCUUGUCAUUCCAAAUCCAAAGGAGAAGAAGAAGAAGAAGAAGGGCAUGUUGUGGGCAUGGUGGGUGGCUGGGUUUGGAGGUGGGUUGGCUGUGUUAGCUUUGAUGGGUUUAGUUUUAGUAGCAGUUUUGAGGUUUGUGAGGAGGAAAAACCUCAAGGAUAUGGAGAAAGAGUCUGAAUUUGGGGAGAGUUUUGAUACUGUUUGGAUUGGAAAAAGUAGAAUGCCUUCUGCUUCAAUGGUAUUGAAAAUCGAGGUGUGUUCGAUUCGAACGACGAACAGUUGCUUGGCUGUUUCUUGUUGGUUAGGGACUCGGUAUAAACAGUUGCUUAGCUAUUUGUUUUGGGAGAGUUUUAUAUGUGUUCAUAGCUUCACAUCAUUUCAAUAACAUCAUUCAUAUUACUGUUUCAACUACUAAA